AUGUCGUGUGGGUCACGUGACGCGGAGCUGUCCGUGUGUCUCCGUGCUGUCUCUGAGCUUUUUGGCUUUGGUCUGGGUGAUUCUCAACGAGUGGAGAUACCACGGAAAGAGAUGGAAGUCGUCAGGGGCCAAAUGGUCGUCCUGGAAGCUUGGUACACUCCUACUUCUGUCAUUGAGAAGAACUCGGUCAUCUGGAAAUUUAUGACCAAUGACUCCAAACAAAUCAUCUCCUACACCGCAGGCGAGAUUGGAAUCGGAAGUCCUGAGUUCAGGAAGCGUGUGGGUUUUGCCGUAUCCAUGCCUUCCACAAACCUGUCAAUUUAUAUCAACAACACCCAGGAGUCGGACUCAGGCCGGUACCUGUGUGACGUCCUCGUCCCAGGAGCUCCAGGCUUGUCCGGGGAACUAAGACUCAACGUAAAGGUCCCUCCCUCCACUCCUGUAUGUUCGAUGACAGGAGAUCCGGUGCUGCGAGGGAACGUGACCCUGAGCUGUAAGUCCAGCUACGGUAAACCUGUCCCUCAAUACAAAUGGACUAAAGCCGCCCCACUGUCUGAGGUCUUCUUCUCCCCCAUGCAGAAGUGGAGGUCCUGCCCCCAGCCAGUGCUGGUAUUGGGGUACUUGGAUGAAAGGCAGGGCACUCUGAGACUGAGUAAUCUCACUAAAAACAUGUCCGGCAAAUACGUCUGCCGAGCGAGCAACACGGCCGGCUCUGAUACCUGUCACAUCAACUUAGAGGUCUCCAGCCCUAAUAACGCCUGGGUGAUAGCUGGCGCCACGGUGGGCUCAGUGGUUGGGCUGGUUGCCCUCAUUCUUUUCCUCAUCUUUCUCCUAAGGCGGAGUCGUGACACUGAGGAAGAGAUGGCCAAUGAUAUUAAGGAAGAUGCUCAGGCACCCAAACGAGUCUCUUGGGCUAAGAGUAACACGGGCUCGGAUAUCAUUUCCAAGAACGGCACGCUGUCUUCCAUAGCCACCAGUCCUCAUCCAGGAGAUCCUCGAUAUCAAGCCAAUAACCACUACCGAUACGCCGCACCUUCCGACACAGCCUCCAUACUCACGGCUUCCGGAAGCACCGCCACCUAUCGCCUCCGCCCGGGAGAACCAAACCCGCUGCACGGCCUGCCUGGAUACAACGUUAGCGGCACCCCUACACAUCCCCAUCCGCACAUGCACCACCAUCCACGUCCCCACGGUUCCAAAGUCAACUCCCCACACAGAACUGAGGGGGCUCAGCCCCAAGCCCCUCGUCCAUCCAACUCACCCAUCGGCAUCAACUCUGCCAGCCUGACUCGUAUGGGCGGCAUGCCAGUCAUGGUACCUGCACAGAAUCAGGCAGGGUCACUGGUGUAG